AUGGUCGCCAUCAUCGCAGACCGACUCGCCGUCAAUGAUGGGCUUUUGAACUCAGAGAACGCUGCGCUACUGCGCCAGUCCGACCCUUCACUGCCUUUGGAAGAGCUGCGCAGGCGCUACGACGAAGACGGAUAUCUCUUCCUCAAGCAAAUCCUCCCUCGGGACGACGUGCUUGCUGCUCGCGAGGCAUACUUCUCUUCCCUAGAGUCAACGGGUGUUCUAAAGCCUGGCACUAACCCCCGGGAGGGUAUCUUUGACCAUGCUAAGAGGCAUGAAGAUUACCCCGGCAUUGGUGCAGGAAAUAUUGGUGGGAAUGGAAAACCUGGCGGAGAUCGUGCGGCGGCGUUUGUCGACCUCGCUUUGGAUGCCCAUUAUCAAGAUUGGUAUGCUGAGAAGUUCUGUAACCACUCGGCACUGUACGACUUUGUCUCAAAAUUCUCGGAUUGGGGCAAGAACACACUUAGCCUGCGUCGCACGCUGCUGAGGAAUAACAUUCCUGGCUCCAAGCCCAUUGGUGUGCACUAUGAUCAAAUCUUCCUGCGUCACGGCGACCCAACCAGUGUUACCGCCUGGGUGCCCAUGGGCGAUAUUAAAAUCAAUGGCGGAGGGUUGAUCUAUCUCGAAGACGGCGACCGGAUUGGAGUUGGGAUGGAAGAGGCAUUCUUUGUCAAGGCGAAGGAGGCCGGAUUGACAGAUGAAGAGGCCCGGUCAGCCUUCAACUCGAACAUGAUGGCAACGGGCCUCCUAUCAGAAUUCCCGGCUGAGUUCGCCCGGGAACAUGGUCGGCGGUGGUUGGUAUCGGCCUACGAAGCUGGCGAUGUGGUUCUCCACAAGCCUCACAUGAUCCAUGCAUCCGCUAUCAACCAAGACCCCGAUAAUGUAAUCCGCCUUGCAACGGAUCUUCGUUUCUGCGAUUCUUCAAAACCAUAUGACAAGAGGUGGAUGAAUUACUAUCGCUUCCAUGAUGGUGUUUAG